UGUUGUUUCACGUCCCACUCGUGCCAAAACCCAAGAGAAGCUAUAUCGAGCUAACUAGCUAGCCGCACUGUAACUAAACAUGGCGCGGCCGCUUGGGCAGCAGCAGGUUGGCGCGGCGGCGGCUCUGGUGAUCGUCGUGGCGUGCUGCGUCGUCGCGGGGUGCUCGGGCGCGCGCGGGCGCGGUUUCCGCGAGGAAUUCGACGUGAUAUGGGGCGAAGACCACGUGAGGGUCACCGACGAGGACGACGCGGCCACGCGGCAGGUGGUGGCGCUCACCCUCGACCAAGCCUCCGGCUCCGGGUUCCAGUCCAAGGACCAGUUCCUCUUCGGCGAGUUCAGCAUGGAGAUGAAGCUCGUCCCCGGCGAAUCGCCCGGCACGGUCGCCACCUUCUACCUGACAUCGGAGGGAGAUGCGCACGACGAGAUCGACUUCGAGUUCCUGGGGAACGUGAGCGGCGAGCCGUACGUGAUGCACACCAACGUGUUCGCGCAGGGGAGAGGGAACCGGGAGCAGCAGUUCUACCUCUGGUUCGACCCCACCGCCGACUUCCACAACUACACCAUCCUCUGGAACCCCCUCAACAUCAUCUUCUCGGUGGACGGCAAGGCGGUACGGGUGUUCAAGAACCACGAGGCCGCCGGCGUGCCGUACCCAAGCGGCCAGGCGAUGAGGGUGCACGCGAGCCUGUGGAACGGCGACUUCUGGGCGACGCGCGGCGGCCAGGUGAAGAUCAACUGGACCGCCGCGCCGUUCGUCGCGUCGUACCGGACCUACGCCUACAGCGCCUGCGCCGUGCCGGCGGCCGGCGGCGGUGGCGGCGGCCCGUGCACGUCCGGCCAGCUACCGAAUUCCACGUCGUCGCCGUCGACGUGCGACUGCGGCGGCGCGUGGAUGGACAGGCAGCUCGGCGCCGACGGCGAGCGCGACGUGGCGUGGGCGCGGGCGAACUACAUGAUCUACGAUUACUGCGGCGACCAAUGGCGGUUCCCGCAGGGCCUUCCGGCCGAAUGUAGCCUCGACCAGAGUUCCGGCCAUCGCACAUAGCCGGAGCCGGCCAUUGCCUCCGUGCUGUUCUAGCAUUCAUGAUACUGUAACUUGAUCUCUACUGUACUUCACAAUGUCACAUGAUCGUAAAUCUCCUCAAAUUCAUAUGGCACAUGGUACAUGACACCAAGAACAAUAAUAAGCGGAUUAACGAAGUCCCAACAUAUAUAACCAUGGAAUAAAAAUGGGUUGGCUGUUUUA